AUGAACACUGAUAAGGAAACUCCAACAGGAAAUGACACCUCCCCUGUUCAUGACAUUACACAUUUCUUUACUCUCACAUUUUGUUAUUUUGAAAGGUGUUCAAGCAAUAUAGAAGUACAAAAUCUAACACAUGUUUUAGAAUUCAACCUGAUGAGCCUCACAGAGGAUCCAGACCUGCAGCCCAUCCUCUCUGGACUGUUCCUGUCCAUGUACCUGGUCACAGUGCUUGGGAACCUGCUCAUCAUCCUGGCUGUCAGCUCUGACUCCCACCUCCACACCCCCAUGUACUUUUUCCUCUCAAUCCUGUCUUUUGUGGACAUUUGUUUCAUUUCUACUACGGCUCCAAAGAUGAUUGUGGACAUUCAAACUCAGAGUGGUGUGAUCUCCUAUGUGGGAUGUUUGACACAAAUGUCUCUAUAUGCCAUUUUUGUUUGUAUGGAUGACAUGAUUCUGACUGUGAUGGCCUAUGACCGAUUUGUGGCCAUCUCUCACCCCCUGCAUUACCAGGUCAUUAUGAACCCUUGCUUCUGUGGCUUUUUAACUUUGGUGUCAUUUUUGCUGAGCCUUUUGGACUCCCAACUGCACAAUUUGAUGAUUUUACAAAUUACCAGCUUCAAAGAUGUAGAAAUUUCCAGUUUCUUCUGUGACCCUUCUCAACUUCUGAAUCUUUCCUGUUCUGAUAUCUCCUCUGAUAACAUUGUCAAAUAUUUUUUUGCUGUCAUAUAUGGCCUUUUCCCCAUCUCAGGGAUCAUUUUCUCUUACUAUAAAAUAAUUGCCUCCAUUGUGAGGAUCCCAUCUUCAGGUGGGAAGUACAAAGCCUUCUCCACCUGUGGGUCUCACCUGGCAGUUGUUUGUUUGUUUUUUGGAACAGGUGUUGGUGUGUACCUGAGUUCAGCUGUACCCCGUUCUCCCAGAAAGGGUGCAGUGACCUCAGUGAUGUACACUGUGGUCACCCCCAUGCUAAACCCCUUCAUCUACAGCCUGAGGAACAAGGAUAUUAAAAAUGCACUUAGGAGACUCCACAGCAGAAUUUUCUAA